UGUCCUGUCACACACACAUGAAAAGGUACUUCAGACAGGUCCAAAUGUGAUUGGUGGUAGAGAAUCUACAAAAGGUUGAGAACCUCUGGUAUAGAAUACAAACCAAACACUGAUACAAACCCUACAGUCAUAAACAGAAUGUCUGGUUCACAUAUUGAUUCUGGAUGCCACAAUCAAUAUGUGACAUAUGGAUGGUAAUAUAAAGAGGACACAGUUAAAAACUGAAAGGAGAGUAAGAAAAACAAUCCAGUGAAAGUGAACAAACAACAGGUUUAGGAAAGUGGAGGAUCCCUCAGCGAUCGCUUGCAUCUCUCACAGGUGGCUGCUGGCACGUUCAUUUGGGAGGACAGACUCAUAUUAAUGGCUGGAAUGGAAUUUAUAGAAUAGUCUCAAACACAUCAAAGACCUGGUUUCCAUGUUGCUGAUACAGUUCCAUUUACUCCAUUGCAGCCAUUAUUAUGAGCCGUCCUCCCCUUACCAGCCUCCUGUGAUCUCUAUGUGUGACAUCUUAGUGUAGCCAGUUUAUCAGAGUUUUGUUUCCAGACACUAUGCCACCUCUCACCUACUUCCUCAUAAGUUAACUCAAGCUGAUUAAAGUGUAGAUUCCAUCUCAUCUACAAGAAUAACAAGUUAUGUUGAAGCUACUUCCCUGCCUUGCAGUAGACACACCAGAUUUAUUUCCUCUCCAGUCUUUCCCCACAGGCCAGCGAGCUUUAAGCCAAACUCUUCUCAAUUGUGAUCUGCGUGUAUCUAAUCAAAUGAUGUGGACUUGGACAGACUGUCUGUGUGUCAAUCUCCUGCUUCUCCUCCAAAGAGCAGGCUCUGAGAAGUUUGAGGUUCUUGGUCCGACUCGUGCCAUUGUUGCUGUGGCUGGUGAUGACAUCAUUCUGCCCUGUUACAUCAAACCCAACAUCAGUGCUGAGGACAUGAGAGUUGACUGGUUCAGAGUCAACCUCCCAGACACUCAGUCAAACAUUAGAGUCCAUCUCUACCAAGAUGGCAGAGACAAAUAUCAUGAUCAGAUCCACUCCUACAGGGGAAGGACAUCGUUGUUUAAAGAGGAACUGAAGAAGGGCAACACCUCUUUGAAACUGACCAGGGUACAAGGCACUGAUGAUGGACAUUAUAAAUGUCUUGUUGAGUCUAAGACACAUUAUGAUGAUGCCACCAUUCAAGUCUACGUCAGAGCUAUAGGAUCCAAGCCAGAGGUUUCCAUUGAGGGACAGAAAGAAGGAGGGAUGGCUCUGCUGUGUGUAACUAAAGGCUGGUUCCCUGAGCCUGAGUUGGAGUGGCUGGACAGUGAAGGGGUCACUCUGUCUGCUGGACCGUCAGAGACAGACAGGGACUAUGAGGGAUUCUACGUAGUCAAACUAAAGACCAUCGUAAAGGAGACUGACAUCAACCGCUUUACCUGCAGACUGAGACAGAGGCAGCAACAUGAGGCGAUUAAGAUGGAGACAGAGUUUCACAUCCCUAGCGAGCUGAUCCUUGUUCACACAGAAACAUGGAAAGUGGCCCUUGCAGUGAUUGUCUCUCUGGUCAUUGUCCUUGUGGUCAUAUCAGCUUUCAGCGUCUGGCGGUGGAAAAAUGCAUCCAGAGCUGAACACAGUCAAGAGCUAGAGCAAGUUAAAGAUGAACUUAGACUUGAGUUGAAGAUACUUGCUGAUCAGCUGGAUUUAGUAAACAUGAAGGGCUGUCCAGAACUUGAAACCAUCAGAAAACAUGCAGUGGAUGUGACUCUAGAUCCUGAUACAGCACAUCCCAGACUCAUCCUGUCUGAAGACAGGAAACAAGUUAGAUAUGGAGACAUGAAACAGAAUCUCCCUGAUAACCCAAAGAGGUUUGAUACUGUUCCCUAUGUCUUGGGAAAGGAGAGUUUCUCCUCAGGGAAAUUCUACUACGAGGUACAGGUGGAGGGGAAGGAGGGGUGGACUUUAGGAGUGGCCAGAGAGUCCAUCAACAGGAAGAAGUAUAUUUACCUGAAACCUGAGAAUGGAUGCUGGACUGUUUGGCUGAGGUUUAAAGAAUACAAGGCUCUCUCUGGCCCCUCUGUCGUCCUCUCCCUGAGAGAGAAGCCCCAGAAGGUGGGGGUGUUUGUGGAUUAUGAGGAGGGUCGGGUCUCCUUCUAUAAUGUGGAGGCCAGGUCUCAUAUCUACUCCUUCACUGGCUACACCUUCACUGAGAAACUCUAUCCAUUCUUUUAUUCUGGUGCUACUGGUAACUCAGCCCCACAGGUCAUCACUCCUGUAGGUGUCACUGACUAACUGUUUUAUAUCAAACAUUGAAAUACUGGUUGUGUGUGUAUGUGUGUGUGUGUGUGUGUGUGUGUGUAUAUGUGUGUGUGUGUGUGUGUGCGUGCAAGUGUGUGUGUUACUGUCAUGACUUUGCCCUGUUGGGUGAGGUUUAUGACCCCCCCCCAUAAAUACCUGUCCUCAUUUUCUCUCCACUCUGCAGAAUGGACUCUUGGAAAGCCCUGUGUUACCACAGAGAAAGUAUGGUAAUAUCAAAAGGCUGGGGAAUGGAACAAUAGUUCCCUUUCUCAACCAGUUGAAAGUGUUCGUUGGUACUUAAAGAAUAUGAUGUCAGAUCAGUUGUUGUCUGGGACAUUAUAUCUGAUGAUAGGAUGACAUAAAUUGUAUCUUGGAAAGUCUACACAUUCUAGUUAUCAGAUUCACAUGGAAUUAAAUAUGAAAUUAUUUGUGAAAAUAUGAAACGUAAUUUCAACUUCUAAAUGAGAGAAAUGUUUUCAUAAGUAAACUAUGCUCACUCAGUGGCCACGCCCAAGUGAACAGACAUUGGUUGAGAAUGAUGAAACACGCCCUUCUCUCCCCCAGUACAAAAGUCUGUUGACGGAAGUUAACCUUAGUUCCCAAUGACGUGAGGACUGGUGUCCGUACGUUUAUAAGGGCUAAUUUCAACAUGGAGGUGAUGAUCACCUCGCUGAAAUGGUGUAUUUCGACUAGACCAGCCAGAAUACAGCAUAAGCGGAUUAUGGCAACUUAGUAUGAACAUUGAAUGAUUAUUUACUGAAGAAGUGAUACAUCCUAGACUUCGAGUUAUCAGCUGCAGCUGUAAACAUAUGUGGCCUAGGAAAGGACAGACAAUCUCCUAAGAAUGACAGGGUACUUUAACAUACCCGCUCUACAACACUACGACCAGAAAUAGGACAAUGACAAUGGCGAUCUCUGCUGGGCAAACCAGUUUUCCAUCUUCGACCCAUCUAUCGAAGGGCAGCUCAGAGUAAAUAUAUAUUUUGCAUUUUCCUUCUCAGAAUGGGCGGUUAUUAGAAUGCAUAAGAUUCUGUAUUUAUGGUAGAAUAGCUUUUCAAGGUCCGAACCCUUUGUCACUCCAUCUUCCCGCUCUUUCAUUCAAACCCAAUCCCCUUAUUUUGUGUAACCAGCUGUCAUAUUGGGUUAGCCCACUAGGAGCUUUUCAUGACAUGAUUAGUAAUCGAUGUAUGAUCGUGUGAUUAUUUCGGUAUUUAGUAAAUAAAUAAUUACACCAAUUUGUGUAUUGCUGAUUCAACUUGUUAGCCAGGGUUCAUGCAGUACUUUAUGACCAUCAGAAUGAGACUGAAUAAGGUGAUGAUUAAUGAUUGACUGCUAUUGAUAUUAAAGAUCUUCAGAUUUUCAA